AUGACCAUUAAGAUCGGUAUCAACGGUUUCGGACGCAUUGGUCGUCUUGUCCUCCGCGCAGCUCUUGCCAACAAGAACGUCGAAGUCGUCGCUGUCAACGAUCCCUUCAUCGACCUCGACUACAUGGUCUACAUGUUCAAGUACGACUCUACCCACGGUCGUUACAAGGGUCAUGUUGAGGCCAAGAACGGACACCUCAUCGUCGAUGGCCACAAGAUUGCUGUCUUUGACAAGCGCAGCCCCGAUGAGAUCCCCUGGGGUGAGAAGCACGCCGAGUACGUCGUCGAGUCGACCGGAGUCUUCACUACCAUCGAAAAGGCCUCGCUCCACUUGAAGGGCGGCGCCAAGAAGGUCGUCAUCUCUGCCCCCUCGGCCGACGCCCCCAUGUUUGUCUGCGGAGUCAACCUGGAUGCCUACAAGCCCGAGUACAAGGUCGUCUCGAACGCCUCCUGCACCACCAACUGCCUCGCCCCCCUCGCCAAGAUCAUCCACGACAACUUUGGCAUCACCGAGGCCCUCAUGACCACCGUCCACGCCACCACUGCUACCCAGAAGACCGUCGAUGGUCCCUCGGGCAAGGACUGGCGUGGAGGCCGUGGUGCCAGCGCCAACAUCAUCCCCUCCUCGACCGGUGCCGCCAAGGCUGUCGGAAAGGUCAUCCCUGAUUUGAACGGCAAGUUGACCGGUAUGGCCUUCCGUGUCCCUACCCCUGAUGUCUCUGUUGUUGACCUGACUGCCCGCCUGGCCAAGCCUGCGACCUAUGAGCAGAUCAAGGCUGUUAUCAAGAAGGCUUCUGAGAACGAGAUGAAGGGUAUUAUGGGAUACACCGAAGAUGAUGUUGUCUCGACCGACUUUAUUGGUGAUACUCACUCGUCCAUCUUUGAUGCCAAGGCUGGUAUUGCCCUUUCGGACACCUUUGUCAAGCUGGUUUCGUGGUACGAUAACGAGUACGGUUACUCCACCCGCUGUGUCGAGUUGAUCGAGUUCAUGGCCUCCAAGGAUCACCACUAA